GCUCAAUUCUCCAAAAAAUGAUUCUUCAUACUCUUAUUUACAUAUCAUAUGAAGCUCGUUAUAUAAAGUAGUAACGUUGUUACUGCUUCCGUGAAGCUCGUCAUCGCCAAUCGAUAUCUAAAUUAUCUCGCGAACCGCUAUUGGACCGAUUUAAUUGUAGUUUUGCAUAGAUAUUCUUAGUGAAAUUAUCCAGGCUUUGUCGGAGCUGAUUUUUUUUUAUAUUAAUUUUUGAUAAAAUUAUUAACAUUCAAAGUCAAAAGUUCGAUUUUUCGCCAAAAUUCUCUCCUUUUUUUGUUCAUGAAAACAAAUUAUAGAUAUCAAAAGAUUCUACGACAAAGAUUGAAUAAUCUUACUAAGAAUAUAUACGCAAAACUACAGGGCUGAAUUGAUCCAAUGGUUCAUAAAAUAUUUUGUGUCGGAAGCAGAAUAACAUUAUUACAGUAUUACAUAUCAACUUUUUGUAAAUGUAAAUAAAUGACUCUAACACUCGUUAAGAAAUGUGUCAUACAUAAUCAUCUAUAAAUAUAUGCAUAAUUAUACUAAAUUAUGUAUGAAAUAUUUUUUAACGGGCAUAUAAAUAAAAGUACGAAAAGUCAUCCCUCGAAAGAACGUCUCUUUAUAAAGUCAGCGUGGUCAGCAGAGAAAUUCAAACAUUGGACGUUUUUUUGAGCAGCCUGGAUACAUAUGACCCCCUAAAGAAAGAACAUGAUUGGUCUGUGAGCGCUUUAAAGCGUUUGCAACGUGAAAUAGAGCCUGCAUACACAGAAGCCCACAUUCUAAACUCUCUUUUAUCCAUAAAAAUGCCUUAAAUAUGGCUUCUCAGCUAAUCAGAUGGUAUCCAAGCCCCUUUUAUCAACAAAAAGGUUCAGGACACGAACGAUAGUUACGAAUUGGAGAAUCGAGCCGCAGCCGGAGAUUCAAAAAGACCGCCCGCCUCGCCGUCGAAUCGCGCCAGGCUCCGAUUUGUCGUCGAUAGAAACGACGGCUCGUAACGACGAGCUUUCAGAGGUGGGGAUUGCGAACGGGACGGAAGCAAGUUGAAGGGCGCUCGCGAGGCACGACGGGCGCCUUUUUUCGUCUCGCUCGGCGAGGGGGAAAGGGGGGAGCGAAGUGGCGCGCGGCGGCGCAUCGAUGUAAACCGCUCCGAUUGUUAGAAGGGGAGCGAGCCGUGGCCGUGGCGUCGAUUGCACCGAGUGGCCAAGUCCGCGCGCGCGUUCCACACGUUGCUGCCCGAGCACGGAGGCUGCUCUCUCUCGGCGCGAGGCUGCGCGGCAUCGAGGUGGACUCUCCUCGGGGGAGUCGGCAAGCUGGACGCUCGCGGUCGGCGCGCGCGGAGGACGAUGAGGAGGAAGUGAGAUGCGCGUGAGAAGAGCGGCGGAGAGUGACUCGCGACGGUACGUAAGCCGCAUCUCUUGACGUUUCUCUUCGCUCUCUCUCUCUCUUUCCCCCUUCUCUUUCUCUCUCUCUCUCCCUUCCUCCCUCCCUCUCAUUCUCUCGCUCGCUCGCUUUCGCGUCUCCCGAGCGCACGUACGGACGAGGCGCGCGCUCUGACCGCCGCGAUGCCGAUGCUGCCGUCUGCCGACGCGAUCAUCCUCGGCCGCGAGCGGCGCCGAGGCAGCGGCACGCGGUGAUACGGCGAUCGGCCGAUCGCGAGCACGAGCUGUCGUCCUCCGCGUGACCACCCGCGACGCCUGCUUCUUGCCAGUGAGGGGGAAGGGGCGACUUAGUCACGGCACCUACGCGCGCUUCGAUGUCCUUGCCGGAUCGUUCCUGAGAGCCCCACAGCUAUACACACAUGAAAUGGGUAGCGCUUGGUGGCAGUGCGCUGCGUGUUUGAGAACCCAGGAAGAAGACAUCUGUGAGCUGCAGCUGAAUCACUGUAAUCUCUAUGAUGUACCACCCGAUGUGUUCAUUUACGAAAGAACGUUGGAAAAAUUAUAUCUCGAUGCCAAUAGAAUAAAGGAUCUUCCCAGGCCGUUGUUUCAGUGCCACGAGUUGAGAGUACUUUCGCUCAGCGACAAUGAAGUUAGUACGUUACCACCCGCCAUAGCGUCGUUAAUCAAUCUGGAAUACCUGGACCUCAGCAAAAACAGUAUAAAAGAGUUACCGGAUAGUAUAAAGGAAUGCAAAAGCCUCCGCUCCAUAGAUAUCAGUGUCAAUCCCUUCGACCGCUUCCCGGACGCCAUCACGCAUAUCGUCGGUCUGCGCGAGCUCUACAUAAACGACGCGUACAUAGAAUACCUGCCGGCUAACUUCGGACGAUUGUCAGCCUUAAAGACGCUCGAGCUGCGGGAGAACAACAUGAUGACGUUGCCUAAGAGUAUGAGCCGUUUGGUGAACUUACAGAGGCUCGACAUCGGCAACAAUGACUUCACAGAGCUGCCUGAAGUCGUUGGCGAUCUUAUCAAUCUCACCGAGCUGUGGAUCGAUGGCAACGACAUCAGGCGAAUCCCGGCGAACGUCGAGCAGCUCUACCGCUUGAAUCACUUCGACUGCACGAUGAACGCCAUUCACAUGCUGCCGAUGGAGAUACGCGGCUGGCGGGACAUCUCGAUCAUGAAUCUGUCCUCGAACGAGAUGUACGAGCUGCCGGACACGCUCUGCUACCUGCGCACGAUCGUGACACUCAAGAUCGACGACAAUCAAUUGAACGCACUGCCGAACGACAUCGGCCAGAUGUCGAGCUUAGAGGAGCUUAUAGUAACUAAGAAUUUCCUCGAGUACUUGCCGUCUUCGAUAGGACUGCUGCGCAAGCUGCACUGUCUGAACGCGGACAAUAAUUAUCUGCGCGCCCUGCCGGCCGAGAUCGGCAGCUGCACCGCGCUCUCUCUGCUCUCGCUGCGCUCGAACAACCUGGCGCGCGUGCCGCCCGAGCUCGGCCACCUGUCCUCCCUGCGUGUGCUCAAUCUCGUCAACAACUGCAUCAAGUUUCUACCGGUCUCCAUGCUGAAUCUGAACAACUUGAAGGCACUCUGGCUCAGCGACAACCAGAGUCAGCCGUUGGUGCCGCUUCAGCAGGAGUUCAACUGCGAGGAGGACAUGAUGGUGCUGAGCUGCUUCAUGCUGCCUCAGAAGCCGCGGCAGGAUCUGGAGCAAAUGGCGCAAUCCGCAGGACCGAUUUCGAGUUCAAUCAUUGGAACAGGCAAGAGGAUAUGUUUCGCUGCUGAGGUAGAUUCCGAAGUCCCCAGGCAACUUCAUCGAGCACCAACCCCUUACCCCAAGGAACUGCGCAAUCUCGCCAGGCACGCCCGUAACUUGCAUCAUCAGUCCAUUCACGAUCAAAGAAGUGCGCCUUCGUCUGCAACCUCUGUGGAUCGUCACACGGCCAAGAGCUGCAACAAGAGCAACCGAGUAGCCGAGACCGGUGCGGAGCACUCGGUGUCCGAGGAGUCGUCCGACGAAGCGAACAAGACCGUGCUGGCGAAGGAGAAGAGUCCCGACAUUCGCGAGGCCAAGUACAUCCGCAAUCCCACGUCCGAUUACCUGGUCAAGGCGCCGACGGUCGCCGACUACGUCAACUCCACGUGGAAACCGGACGAAUACUCCAAGGCGAACACGGCGAGGAUAGUGGAGUCCGAUAAGUUCAUAGAACCCUACAAGACUAUCUACGCGGACGGCAAAUUUCGCGAGCAGACGAGGACGAGCGUGUCGAAGCCGUGCGACGUUCCGCCAGUCCCACCUCCGUAUCACAUCGCGGCGGCCUUCUCCAAGAAAGCCGCCCUAUUCCAGCAAUUCAACAAUUCGAUCGAACCGCGUGUAGCUUCACCCUCAUCUCCCUUCAACUCCUCCUCGAAUUCGGCCGCGACGUUCCCGGACGUGUCAUCGAAAGCGAGUCUCGACGCGAGCGCGGAAGCGACGAAGGUCGAGGAACGCGCGUCCCCGCCGGAUGAUCACCGGGCGAACUUGGCCGACCCGAACGUCGUCGCGUCGACGACGGACAACGCGACGGGAACGGAUAGCAUCGACCACUCUCAAUUGACGGACCAAAGCUACACACCGGUGCCGGAGGGCGCCGACUCGUCUGAACAGGCGUGCGAGAACGAUCGCGCCUUGAAGCCAAGUAAAAUUCCCGUUCUCAAGGCGAAGCACAUAGAAAACAGUACGACGAGCAACAGCGACAUCUCGGUGAAGCGGGCGAGUCCCGCGGCGGAGGAGGAGGCGAACAGAACGUCGUUGAGCGCGUACUCCAGCAUACCAACGUCGCCAAUCACGGGGAAGAAGUAUCGCAGCCCGUUGUCGACGUUGUCGGCGAAGCCGCUCGACCGGCCGAGGAAGAUGACGAACGGGAACGUCAACGCGAAUAACAAUUCGUGCGACAACGUCGACUCGCCGAGUCGGCCGAAUCUCGUCGUCACGAAGAACACCGGCGAGGAGCCGAGCGUCGCGUCGCCCGCUACCGCCGUCGCCAAGAGCGAGACCAACUCCGGCCGAGACACGCCGAAUUUUAACUGCAAAUCCUCAGGCGACGCGGACAGCGCUGUCGAAACGAAAGAGCAGGCGUCCCCCGCGUCGAACGAGACGCUUCAUUCGGAGAAAAAGCCGAGGUUCAAAUGGAUGUUCGGUCCUCACAAGAACGCCAACGUGCUGCCAGUUCAGGUAAAGAAGAACCCAGGUCUCGGUUUCAGUAUAGCCGGCGGGGUAGCGGGUGCGGAAACCGGAAUAAUCGUGACAAAGGUGAAUCCCGACGGGCCAGCUCAGGGUACUCUUCGGCCGGGAGAUAAGAUUCUAGAGGUAGACGGUAUCGACUUCACCAAGUCUGAUCACAAUAACGCUGUUGCCGUUCUUCGAGCUACCGGUGCCGUUGUGUCUAUGAUGAUAAGUCGCCACCAAUGAUUGACAUGAAACGUGAUCCCCGUGCUAGGAUACUACAAACGAUAUAGAAUGUUAUUUUUAACGACCUUCGUGUCUCGUUCGCGGCCGGAGUUCGAGUGAUUACGCGGCGCCGCUCCUCCCCCUCGUGGCAUAAUAGCUCCCUCCGAGGUGAAACACACAGCUAGAACAAUAACGUCUUUCCCGACGUCUCUCUUACUCCAGGAUGCGAGGCGUUCACGUUUCACCACGUGGCGAUGUGUGUUGAUUGAUAUAGAAUAGUUUUCGUUUACACCUAUACUCUCGCGCGCUCUCCUCGUCGAGAGAGAGAGAGAGAGCCGACAAUGUGCCAGAAACAAAGUACUAUUUAUUAUCCAUAUACAUAACGUAUAUAUAUGAAAAAAAAAGAAAAGAUUAUAUAUAUAUAUUAUAUAUAUAUACUAUGCAUAUAUAUUAUAUAAAUACAGAUUUAUAUAUCUGUCGAAGUUGAACGAGGUUCCCACAGAUUCAAGCGGUCUGUAAAUAAGUCUCUCUAUUUCUCUCACUCACUCACUCACUCUCUCUUCCUCUUGAUUGUUUCUCGCGAGGUGUUCGUUGGAGAAAAGCAAAAAGAGGGUCAAUGGGGGGAGGAGUGAGUUUUCAUGUGUUUCGCCGCGCACGUCGUCCGUCGUGGGACCGAAUUGAUUUUUCACGCGCGCCACGGAGAGCGCGUGGCGAUCUCUAUUACGUUGUUGACUGUAUAGUAGUGUUGUUAUUGCAUUAUACGGCAAAGCUAUAAAUUCUAUCUUGUUCGACUAUUCGGGAAGAGGGUAGCCCACAUGAACGUGUUGAAUAAUAAUAAUAAUUAUAAUAAUAAUAAUAAUAAUAACGUGGGUAACGAAUUGGCGCUUCUCUCUGUGGGAGCCUCGUGUCGCCCUUGUGUAUAGAGGUGAGAAAGAAAAGCAAAAAAUAUUCUUCUAUGUGCCGUACUUAUUAUCGAUAAUGUUUAUACUCGUGUGUGUCGGUGUCCUCAGCCGUUUAACAGUCACAGACUGUCUACUUUUUCGACUUCACCUUUCUCGAAGCACCGAUCGCAAUAUAGCACCGUCUCGAUCUCGAGCGCGCCGUUCGAUCCUCAGGCAUCCGGCUAUGACGAUGUUUAGACGGUGACUUGAAAUCGAUCCGGUAAUAUAGAUACGAUACGGACGUACCGUGUGGUCAAUUCUUCUCAGCUCACCUGGAUGCGCUAGUUGGAGAAAUUUGCACACACGUUGAGACGCACGAGAUUCUCACGCUUCAGUGUGCGUACACGGGAAAAAAAACUUAAUCCUAAAUCAGGAAUAGAUGUUCUCAUAUGUAAGCAAGAAUGUCAUAAUCUUCUUUCUUUUGUUAUUAAUGUUAAUGUUUAUUACAGUCUUAAACUAAGUCUGUUGUUAAAAUAAGUAAUACCGCUAAUAAAAGUUAAUUGUGUAGGGCUUAGAUUAUUAUCAAAGCUUCUUUUUCAUCGAUUAACGCCAUGUCAUUAGACGAUAAGAUCCUGUGUGGUUUGUUACAUUUAAGUCUUCUUAAGUCAUCUUCAAUUUUGAGGAGCUGUGUAGCUUCUACGCUUACGUGAUGGUGAAGUACUUUUUCGUGUGACUCUGCAUGUAUAUACAUGAUGCAGGUAUUACUUGAAUUCAAUUUAAAAUUAAAAAUCUGAGAAGAUUAUAAUAUUCUUGCUUCUAUACGAGAAUAUCUAUUCUUGAUUUAAGACUAAUUUUGUUUCCGCGUUAACGUUUCUUGAAUUAGCGCAGCCAGUUCAGCGAAAAAGAACGGACUAAUAAAACGUAUGAAGCGUACGUACGUACGACAUUCUCACGCUUCGGUGAGAAACUCUCGAACUUGAACCACUAGCGCAACCAGUUCUGAAAAGAAGGUAGAAAAGUAGAACCGACGGUCUACGGUUCUCACGAUCAGUCAAGCCGCCCCUCGAGCCAAGUUGAGGGGAAAAAACUUGACAAUUCUCGAUGUCGUAACUGCCUGUGUCGUACAGUAUAGUUACAAUAUGAUUGUUCACACGACAUUUCGCGCCGAUGUAAUCGCAGUUGCAACGUCCGGGAUCGUCGAGUCGGCUUGAUCUUAAACCUAAAGACGUGCAACCGCGAGCGUCGUUCGAUCGAUUUCAAGUUCUGCCGUGUGAACGUGAGUCAGUGUUGGAUUCCUCGACUUACUCGGCGCGUGAUUACUUCGCAUUUAUUUCGACGCUGUUCCAGCGACCUCCGAUGCAACCACGUCUGCGAUAAUAGACUAAGUCUGCAUUCUCGACGAUACGAAACCGGGUGCUUAGAGGGUCGAACGUUAUGUUCCGCGCGACACACACACGUACACAACACACACACACACACACACACACACACACACACACACACACACACACACACACACACACACACACACACACACACACACACACACACGUACACACACUGUGCGUUUCACACCCUUUUAUAAGUAGCGUUGUUUAGUUUUUUUAUCGUUAACAUUGUUAGAUACUAUCGACCAUGAGACGUCUUUCGGUAGUGACGCGACCGACUCUCGAACGGAGUCUGGCGAAUUCCCCGCGGCAGAGAGAGAGAGAGAGAGAGAGAGAGAGAGAGAGAGAGAGAGAGAGAGAGAGAGAGAGAUUACUCGCGAUAUAUCCCACGUUUCGCGUCCCGCGCGAGGGACGCAUCUCUGUACCUUGUAGAAACCGCGUUUCCCUGCGACGCGUGUCAUGGCAGCCGAGCGUGACAUCGCAUCGCACGGAAUCGACAAAGCGAAAUCGCGUUCUCGCGCGUCGCCGAUGUCACGUCGCGACUCGAUGAGCAGGAGAGGCUGGAGAGCGAGGAGGAGCUCGCGCUCGGCGCGCAGCGAAGAGCGAAAGAAGCGGAACGGAAGGGAGCCGAGGAGAGAUAUGCGCUCCAGCACAAGUGAAAUUGUUGUUUCGUUAUACACUUGCGUUCGUAUGUAUUUGACGAGCUUAUUAUCAGAUUAUCAGUGCCCGGCUAGAAGGGAAGAUCACGAUAACGUCCAAACGAAUGGUGUGAGAACACACCGUGUGUUGAGCAACCGUUGAAUGAUUGUCAUCUAUGAUUGAGGCGUUUUUUUAACCCUUCCGUGGCCAAAUUCUAGAAUUUCCGUCAUUGGCCGUUGAGGCAUUCCAGCGCUAUUCAAUAUAAAAAUAUUAAGUUUAAGAUACCCUUCAAGUAUUAAGUUUAAGAUAUUCUUCAUUUUCUUACGUGAUUGAAUAUAAAGAAUAAUAUAUAAUUUAUAUGCCAGUUAAUUAAGAAAAAUCCUUUUCACGUUAUUUGCUCAGUCAUUAUCAGAAUUAAUACAUAAAAAAGUAAUACAUAAGUAUCCAGUUUCUGAUACCAGAUACUAUAUAAGUAUUACUCUUUUGCUCAAAUAGUCUCAAUUACUUUCACUCUUUGGCAAAUCAGGCAAAUCAGUGAUUUGUUUACUCCACUUUUCUACGAAUCUUACAGAUAAAUUUUCAUCAGGUGCCGCCUCGUAAACUCGGUCUUUCGAUCUUCUUUUCUCGCACAAAAUCCACAUCAAAUGUCAAACAACUAUAAAAUAAAAUUGCACUAUAAUUCCGUGAUACAAAAAUAAUACACAUAUAUGAUAACAGUAAAGUUAAAUACGACAAACUGUCGCGGGGUAUUUAUAAAAUAUCCCACUUGGCCACGGGAGGCUUAAGAGUCCACGACGGAUCUAAAAGAAUAUUUUUAUGCCAAUGAGCGUUCACUCAACCGUUGUGUUUCCUGAACGCGCAGCCAGUGACAUCGAAAUGACGAGAAAGUGGUCGAACCGUGAUCGAGCCAGUGUUACAGUCAUUUUCUCAUCGUCUCGACGUCGUCGUGAUUUCCUCUACCACCCGGAUAUAAGUCCACGUGGCGCUGUACGAAUGAGAGACUGUCUACCGGACAGGAGGUGUCCCGCCUGUUUUCCCCACCGGUUUUCCCCGCCGGUUAUCUCCCCCUCCCUUGUCGGGCAGGAAAUCGGAAUUUCCUUCAUUCACGCAACCAAUGUCGAUCUCUUCACCAAUGUUAAUCCCCGACCGGUGAGAUAUCGAGGAAGCACGGACGGAAAGGAAAGAUCCGGGACAACUCCUAGUGCAUACAAUCCCCGUCAAGGGACGGUACCGGGACGGGGGCGUUACGCGAAGAUGAAGGAUAUCGUUGUUGCUAAUUUAGUGUCUGUAUUCGUAUCUUUGUUCGGUGUUACGUACGAUAAGAUUUUACGGUAAGUUGCGGGCGUGCGGAGCAAGUCAGUGGAGCCGCGUCUUCGUGUCUUCGAUUUCAGGAGAGGGAGAGAGAGAGAGAGAGAAUAUGUGUAAGAUAAUUUCUAAGCACCUAGUCACGUGUCGAGAGAACGAUAAUAACACAGACAAGCCCGGUUAGCGCCCUUUCGCCAGUUUGAUUUCUCGUCGACGAUGUAUGUCUCCGAUGUCCGCGGCGUCGUCGUCGACAUUUUCGAUUUAGAGUCUACCGACAGUCCUCCAUGCACUUCUUCUUUUUCCCCUCUUCUUCUCGUUUCCUCCUUUAAUUUAUACACAGUAGAGUUAUACUCGCGCAGUUGAUUUUCCAGCCCGUUGGCUCGUCGUUGUUCUCACCCUCGGCGGUGUCCCGUCGUCGUCACCGUCGCCGACGCAGUUGCAUUUAACCAACCGAUUCCGCAGUCGAGACGUGGUGGGAACGGAACGGUGAUCGUAGAAAAAAACGGUAGAGGUAGAGAGAGAGAGAGAGAGAGAGCUAAGGAACGGGGCGGGCGGGGGAAUACGCCCGGUGUCGACGGAAGAAUCACCACUCUUAUGGACCACAAGCACACAUAUUGUACUCUUUUUCUACUACUUCUAACUAAACAGACUGACUACCUUUUUGGAUACCUAUUGCGUGCUUCAGCGACGCAGCGUCUUGCCUGCGCCGAGAAUGACUGGAGGGGACUGGUUGAGUCCCGGUGAAAUUGAGCGCGUGUGAUCGACAAAUCUCCACAAGUUGUAGCCCUCAUGAGUGUACUACGCUAUAAAUGACUACCUGUUGCGUAUAUAUCUAAGCGAAACGAGAAAAGCAAUCAAGUGGUCGUACCUUUCGUGCUUGUUUUUUGUCAUGUGCCCCUCCCCCCCUCUUGUAACUCUUCCCUCUCGUUCGUUUCCUCCGCGUUCUUCCGAUCUCUCAGGUGCGACCCGAGCCUUCUCCCUUUCUCCUCGUCAACAGCGUAUGGCGCCGGACAAUCUUCUCACCUUUCUUUCUCCCCUUUUUUCUCCUCUUUUUCUUCCUCAUUUUCUCUUCGUUUCUCGUUCUUACGUCUCCGACGUAAUUCGACGAGCGAGCAUCUCGUCGACGUUGAUUGUCGUCGUCGUGCUCUCUUCCCCCCGGUGUUCACCGUUUCUUAACCCGUUUCAAGCCGAGUGAUGCCCGCGUCGCGCGGUACAACCACUUCGUUAGCGUGCCCUAUGCGUUUCGUCGCGUUGCCGCCGUGGCGUAUGAUAAUUUAUACCAUGUGUAUAGUUUGUAAAACCGAUCGAUGUACAAAGAAAUACUCAUACUACGUUCUACGUUUCGGACGUCGUCUUCUGAUCAUUACUGUGCAUUUUUGAAUAUGUUAGCGGAAGAUGUCUGACCUUCAAAACGAGAAGUCCUAGUUGGUUGUGCAGCAAUAAAUAAAUUAAUAUUUACGUAAAA